AUACUGCUUGCGUACGAGUUUGCGCAAUGCGCCUAUCACCCCCGCCAGAAAAUAUUCCAAAUAUUUGAACAGCAAGCGCAGAGAGGAAGGGGGGUCGGAGAGCGCAGAGAGGAAGGGGGCCGGGCAGCGGAGAGAGAAGAGAGAGAGGCGCAGUGGAGCAAGUGAGCUAACUAGCUAAAGCCAGUCAGUGAGGCCGAGGUGGACAGUUUUGAGGUGACAGUGGAGAAUGGGGAGGACUCUGCACGCCCGGCGAGUUUUGUCCGCAGAAAGGGUGCUCAAACUCGAUCUCUACCCAUCUGAGAGCGUGUGCUGAAACUGGAGAAACACCGGUGGAAAGGAAGGAAUGGCUGAUCCUCCGCGGAGGAAUUUAUUAGCAAAACUUCGGGGGAAGAAAUCUAAGAAAGGGACGCCGGCUGGUGGAUACGGCGCUGCGACUAAUGGGGGCAGAGCAGGUAAAGGAAAAGUUUCUCAAAACCCAGACGGCCAAACUCGUCCAGUAGUAAUGUUCGCAGAGUUACAUUGUCUGACAGACAACAUCAUGAGAGGUAACGAUAGUUACGUUAACGGCAUUGUAGUAAACAAGGUUGGAUUAGAUCAAGAGCAGAGCACGGUAGGAGUUGUUGAGACGAGUGAGUUUCCCCAGCAGUACGAGGCUUCAGUUAACAUGCACAUAAACACUAGCCGGGGCCCGGGGGACAAUCAGUGUAGCGGGUGCUCCGGGAUUAGGGGUCGAGUAAAUGAGGAACUCUUGGGGGUCUCACUUCAAAGAGCAACUCAGUACGAGGGGAACGAUAGAGACGAGAUGAUCAGAAUCCAUAAACAAGGGCCCGGCUACUUCUCUGGACAAUUACAACAAGGACACAUAGGGAGACCGCACGAACAGAGAAAACACUUUGUCCCCAUUCCGCGACAGUAUAGCGCAGGGGAUUCAAUAGGGUUUGGGAGCAAUAGUCCUAAUAAUCACAUUAUAUACCACAGAAGGCCUGAUGGGGUAGUUAAAAUGACAAAUGGCCACUAUCCUGCGUCAAAGAGUAAUGGAACAAAUGUCUGCUUUGACAAAGAUCUAAAGACUCGAGUAAGCCACCGGCAGGCAGACGACUCCUGCCAUCAAACUGUGUACAACUACAAGGCAGACAACGGGCAGAGGUCUAUAAAUGAUUUAAAAGUUACGGCAAACGUGCAUCCUGGCCACAACCAAAUAUUGAAAACAAAUGUUACAACUAACGGGACGCAAAUGUGUCCGCCGGGUAUCCCGUGUGCGCAUCAUCCGGACAGUAAUUACACCGAGGAAAACAUUGUGAUUAGAAACAUAGAGAGUUACGGGAGCUCGCCUGAAUUUACAGGGGACAACAUUAGGGUGACCCAUUUGCAGAGCCCGACAUUUUUCCCCACUGAAUUGGAGAUAUGCGAAGUUAACGUGGCCUCCCAUUUCAUAUGCGCAAGAGAAGGAACACUCCGACACUACUCUCUAGAUAGCGAGGAUGAUGAUUAUUAUGAUAAUGUAAUUCUUCCCUUUUAUGUAUCUGAGUCAUUAGGUUCAAAUGAUAGAAAAAGCUCUGAUAAAAUAGAAGCCAUAGAGUUGGGAAAGGAUGUUCCAAAAGGGCAAGUCAUCAGUGACAGUGCGCAGGAGACAGACAGACUACGGAGCCAGUUGAAAGAGGCGUAUUACCUUCUUAUAAACACCAUGCAUGAUAUUAGUUUUGAUGGUCAGGUCAGUGUCAACGGUUUUAUAGAUCAGGCAAGUUCCUCCAGUCACUCUCGGGACAGCAUGUGCUCACGGUUGUCCAUCAAGCACAUGGACAGUGAUGCUUGGUCAUCGGAAGAGCACAGUGUCCAACAGGUGUCUGACACAGACUCCAUCCUGUUGUGCCUGCUGAGUGAAAACCGUGGGGAUCCAAGUCUCAAAAAUAAUUUCAUUAGCAAGAGCCUCGUGAAUCUAUCUGCUAGCAGGAUUGGGCCUCCCUUACUGCGUUCCACUAGUGACAGAGCUAUCAAAUACCGCGGUGCGCACAAUGCGCCCUGCGUCCAGGCCCUCGGUUCCCAAAGCCCUGCUCUUGUUGGGGCCUGUGAGAAUGGGGAUGGAGCAAGUAGGCCCCAGGCUGUUGGAGACUCUGACCCGUUUGAGAAACAGGCCAGCUACGAUGGUGGCACGAGCAGCGACGACCUGCUUCAAGACACCGGUGAAGACUUCAAGUUGAACGAGAGUAGUGGCUCGGUCAACAGCCUCACUGGGUCGUCCGACAACGCAGACACCCAGCAGGGUGGUAACAGCAAGCGAGAUGGAGAGAUGAGCGCAUGGGACCAGGGAGGCUCUGCCAAGCCCCAUGGUGUCACCGUCAACAAGAUGCAGGAGUGGAUGCACAAAGGCCGUCUGUUGUCUUCGGAGAUGAAGCAGCGCAUCGCGGGUUCCAUGCCCCAACCCCAUGGCACCCACGGUGGCCUGGAUAGUGCACCAUGGCCCAGCCAGGGCCAGGCCAGCUCAGUUCCAGGUGGAUCUAAACCAGCAGCCCUGACGACCAGAGUUCACGGGGCCAUACCCGCCGCUGUGGUCCCAUGCCAGAGCCAGGCAUUGCAUCAGUCAGCUCUGAUAGAGAAUGUCCACUCCUCCUACUCCGACAGGCGCGAGGUUGGCGAGGGCAAGGCCAGCGAGCUGUCACUAUGGAGACCCCCACUCAACACCAUCACCGUUUCCAAGAAACGCAACUGGCUCCAGCAGAGCUCUGGGAGGCCGCAUCACACUACCCAGGACGACUCCCAGUGCAUUCUGGGAGCAGAGGAGGAGAAUGGACAUGGACACACACCCCGACCCCCUCCUAGCCCCUCCCCGGAGUACCUAAAACCCCCCGGACCACCGCCCUCUCGGCCCCUCCGCCUGCAGCUACCCCAGGUGAGCAUGUGCCACGCCCGCGUUGGGCCCCAGCCCAGGUGUGUGGACCCGGCCGAGGAGAAUGAUGCGGAUGAUGAGGGGGAGAUCUGGUACAACCCCAUCCCUGAGGAUGAAGAACCAGAGCUGCCUCACAUUUACAGACCCACCGCCAUCCCCCAGGUCAGACUGAUGGUCCCUACGCGGCCCCAGGAGCCCCAAGCCCCCGAGGCACAGAGGAGGCCCAGCCGGGAAGGGGGGGCCGGACGGACCCUGGAAGGCUGCAGCCCUGACCUGGAGGGUGUGGGGGAGAGCCUGGGUGGCGGAGGUGGAGAGGGGAGUCCGCAGGGGAAUGCUGUACAUUCCAUGGAGCCAUCGGUACAGCUGCACAGACAGAUGCUGCUCACAUGCAAACCUCAGGAGGAGGGGCCAUCCAGUUCCAGCAGAGCCACAGCUGCAGCAGAAGGCCCUGACCUGGCCAUCCCCGGCUUCUCGCCUCCCUCCAGCCCCAACCCUGCUAAGAAGGGAAGCUCCCUCAACUGGUCAUUCCCGGACAAGAUCAAGUCCCCGCGCACCGUCAGGAAACUCUCCAUGAAGAUGAAGAAGCUUCCGGAACUCAGCCGCAAGCUCAGCGUCAAAGGGAUCCCUAGCAACAACAACAACACCAGCGGUAACGGAGCCAGCGCGAGCAGCCAAUCAGAGACAAGGACCCAGUGUCCCAAAACCAAUAGUGGGUCAGAACCAGGCUCAGCUCCUCCCAGGUUGUCCCCAGGGGGUGGACAGGGGGCGGCGGCCAGCCGUAAUGUGAUCUCGAGAUAUCACUUGGACAGCAGUGUGUCGACGCAGCAAAGUUACAGCAAGAAGAAGAGCAGCGGGACCUCCAUGUCGGCUAGCAAGGGGGGCUACCUCAGUGACGGGGACUCCCCAGAACUGGUGGCCAAGUCUGGGAAGCACAGGUCCUCAGAGGGCAAGGGAGGCAAGGGGAAGGAGAAAGAGAAAGACCCAGCCACUGGAGGAGGAGAGAGAACAGGAGCAGGAGGAGUAACAGGAGGAGGUGGCAGCUCCAAGCUGCACGGCACAGAACUAGACAUUGACGCAUUCCGCCACUACGCCUUCACAGAACAGCCCAAGUGCACCCAGUACAUCUCAGGCCUGAUGAGCCUGCACUUCUACGGCGCUGAGGACCUCAAGCCGCCACGUGUCGACUCCCGGGACGUCUACUGCGCCAUCCAGGUGGACUCAGUCAACAAGGCACGCACUGCCCUGCUCACCUGCCGGACCACCUUCCUAGACAUGGACCACACCUUCAACAUCGAGCUGGAGAACGCCCAGCACCUGAAGCUAGUGGUGUUCAGCUGGGACCCCACACCCAAGAAGAACCGGGUGUGCUGUCAUGGCACUGUGGUGCUACCGGCUCUCUUCAGGGUGACCAGGAGUCAUCAGCUGGCCGUGAAGCUGGAGCCACGAGGCCUGAUCUACGUGAAGCUGAACCUGAUGGAGCAGUGGCAGAACUCCCUGGACGGAGGCUACGAUGGGGACCGGGAGCGACAGAUGUUUGGGGUGGAGGCCUGGAGGGUGGUGGAGAGGGAGAACUCAGGACUCAUGGUGCCCCUGCUCAUCGAGAAGUGCAUCACGGAGAUUGAGAAGAGAGGCUGCCAGGUUGUGGGCCUCUACCGUCUGUGUGGUUCAGCGGCAGUAAAGAAGGAGCUUCGGGAGGCCUUUGAAAGGGACAGCCUGGGUGUGGAGCUCUGUGAAAACACCUACCCUGACAUCAACGUCAUCACAGGUGUGCUGAAGGACUACCUGCGUGAGUUGCCAUACCCCCUCAUCACAAAGCACCUGUAUGAGGCUGUGUUAGACUCCAUGGCUAAGAGGCCUCUGCGUAUUGGAGCGGGAGGAUGUGAGAAUGACCUGGUGGACACAGAACAGACUGUCAGCCUGCUGGAGAACCUGCCAGAGGUGGAGAGGUUGACCCUGCGGAGGCUGCUGGACCACCUGAAGCUGGUGGCGUCACACCACGACAUCAACAAGAUGACGUGUCAGAACCUGGCAGUGUGCUUCGGCCCCGUGCUGCUCAGCCAACGCCAGGAGGCCAGCUGCCAUAGCAACCGCGUCUUCAUCGACUCAGAAGAGCUGGCCAGUGCCCUGCACUUUAAGAAGCACAUCGAGGUGCUGCACUACCUUCUGCAGCUAUGGCCAGUGGUGGACCCACAUGGCAAGACCUCGUCCCCCAUCCUGGAGCACCCCGGCCCAGCCGACCAGCCUGCUGCUCCACCCCUGCGUCGGAGGAAGGAGCGUCCCCAGGUGCUGAACUUGAGUGAUGCAGAGAUGGCCGGGGUGCUGCGACCUAGGCCGGGCCGACUGGACAGCCCUAGCAACCGUUAUGCCGGUGACUGGAGCCGCUGUGGAGAGCGCUACUUCCCCCCUCCUCUGCCCCAGGAGGAAAAUGACUAUGAUGAUGUUCCUUCUGAGGAUAUGGAGGUCACUGAGGAGGGACAGGAAGGAGAGGACAGGGGGAAGGAGGGGGGAGAGGAGCUGAGACAGGAAGGAUUACUGGACAGGGGACAGGAGGAAGGACAGGCAGAGCCACCUACAGCAAAACAGGAACCCCCACUACUCCAGGAGGUGAUGGAGGGACCUGUAGAGAAGGAGGAAGAGGAGAGAGAAGCAGAGGAGGAGAGAGUGGAGGAGAGCGAUGUCUCCAGUGGCGAUCAGCCGUCAGACGAUAGGGUGUGUGAUGAUGAUGAUGAUGAUGAUGAUGAGCGCAUCCUGCCCCUCCACAACCCCAAAGAGCACACAUACCAGGCUUACAUGAAGAUCCAGGACAUCAGCCCCGUUCUCAGCAACAGGGUCAACCUGCGAGACCUGCAGGAGAGCAUCGACACGCUCAUAGGCAACCUGGAGAGAGAGCUCAACAAGAACAAUCUCAAAGUUAGCUACUGACUCAACACACAUUCAGCCCAACAGGCUACUGACUCAAACACACACAGCUCAACAGGCUACUGACUCAACACACAGCCCAACAGGCUACUGACUCAACACACACAGCCUCAACAGGCUACUGACUCAAAAACACAGCCCAACAGGCUACUGACUCAAACACACAGCCGUUACAGGCUAUUGACUCAACACACACAGCCCAACAGGCUACUGACUCAACACACACAGCCCCAACAGGCUACUGACUCAACACACAGCCCAACAGGCUACUGACUCAAACACACAGCUCAACAGGCUACUGACUCAACACACAGCCCAACAGGCUACUGACUCAAACACACAGCCCCAACAGGCUACUGACUCAACACACACAGCCCCAACAGGCUACUGACUCAACACACAGCCCAACAGGCUUAGCUAAUUCUAAAGGCUUCGAGACUGGAGAGUUGUUGGGGUUCAGGAAUUGGGCUCCAGGGUUGCCGUGGUGACUCUUAAUAAAGACGACUCAGUGGCACGUGCACCCGUGUCGUGUCGUGCGCCCCUGCAGAACUCUGGUGUUUAGAACUCUGGUGCGUGAUUGGCUGGACACUUCAUUUAACACCUACCCACAAGACAUUAUUUGAUGUUUCAUUAAUGUUUUGCUUUUGAUGACUUGUUUUUACAUGUCGCUCAUGUUCUGUUGUUCUUAUCCGGUUGUUGUUGUUGCUUCUCUUCUUAUUAGAAGAACCCAUUGACCCCCAGGGGUGUAAACGGUGCCUUAAUUGUGUGAAGGUGGGACUUUAAGGCAGGGGAGAGCUUUUCUAUUGAGGUACGAAACAUUAUGACGUACAGCAAUGCACUUAUGAGGCAGGCUUUAGUGUAUAGUGCAAGUCAUUUAGGUAUAUGGUACAUGCAGUAUAGCUGGCUAUGGACUGGGAGGAGAACCAGGGAGGGGGCGAGCCCUCUGAACCCUCCUCCUCCUCGGGUACGAGUACAAACGUAUCAUACAGUCACAUACAUACCUGCUCCAUUACCAUGAAGAAACACAUAAACAAGGAGAUAAUCGAUGAUACGUGUUUCUCUCUACCUGCUAGAACAGAGCAGCUAAUCUGUAGCAACAAACAGAGAUAGAAAAAAACAACUCAUGUGAUGUCAUGUAUUUGAAAAAUGAAUUAGUGAAUAUGACAUGGGUGAAAACCAUUAAUAUCUGGUUUUCUUUUAGCCCUUCUUCCCCAACAUCCCACAUGAUCUAGACCAGGGUUUGGUCUUAAUGUGCACCCAGGGGUUCCCCAGAAACCCUGAUCAAGACCACACGUAUCAAACUCAUUCCACGGAGGGCCCAGUGUCUGCGGGUUUUCGCUCCUCCCUUGUGCUUAAUUGAUUAAUUAAGGUAAUGAAUUAGUAAGGAACUCCCUACACCUGGUUGUCUAGGGCUUAAUUGAAAUGGAAAAACCUGCAGACACUAGGCCCUCCAUGGAAUGACUUUCAGACCCAUGAUCUAGACAGACAGUGAUCACCUGCGGGUUUAAAGAGGAAAAAGUCAAAUAUGGGAAACUUACGUAUGGUACAUACUGCCUGCAGAACAGCCGUUCACGUGUUUCAUAGAAACAGUUACUGUGUGGAGAGGGCUCUGGCUAGUACGACACGUGAGUCCACUACCUAAAUAGAUAAAGGCAAGUUUUCAGAAAUCCAGGGAUUCAGAAUGAUCAGUAUUUAACAUAUUUAUGUAUAUAUAAAUGUAUUUGGAGUAUAUAUAUUAUUUUUUACAGCUUAUAUAUAUAUUUCCAUACAGGCAUAUUUAAAUGCUCUCCAUAACCUUGUAGUGUUGACCCAUGAUAGACUAUAUAGACGGGUUGGUUGUUAAGCAACAAAACCAACACGUGCAACUAUGGGGUAAAACAGACGGGUUUGGCUUAGACUGUUGAUAACAUGUCAACUAUAUUUUGUUUCUGAUGUUCAUUGAAAACAAAUACAUUUGCACAAUGAGCACUUGUCUCUCAAAUACAUUGUUACAGUUGGUUAGUUAGCUAGAGAAUAUUCGCCAUAUUAGCAUAGACGUGACAUCAGUCAAAACAAGACAUGGUAUCAAGAACAAGAUAAAACAAGCUGAAACGAGCCACCUACAAUUCCCCACAUGGCAGCUUCUUGUCAUUGUUGCUAGCUAUCUGGCCAUCCAGGACCACAACAACACAUGGCCUUCUGCCCCAUUGAAAUGCGUGCAUGGUUUUCGUGACGUUGUCACCUAACCCGUCUAUGUUUGUUUCCUCCCACUUAAGCUACCUGUACACAUCUUAAACGUGCUGGACUAAUGGUACAACUUAAGCUGUAAUAUAUAUGACAUAGAAAUACGUUCUUGCGGAAAGAGAGAUAUUGUUAUUUUUGUUAUAUUUUUUUGUACAUAUUUGGCAUCUGUUUUUGUCGCCGGUUGGUCUAAUCUGUGUUCAUAGUUGUGUUUAAAAGGUACUGAUGAACAUUGUUGCAUGGUCAAAAGCUUUAUUACUGACUUAAACCAGUAUAUUUCCCACCUGAGGUUAUCGUAUCAUAUUUAUGUGUACAUGGAGAUUCUUUUCUAUUCGUUCCUAUCCCACUUUUUUGUCAUCCCUUUGACAGCUGCUCACACAGACUAACAACCAGGUUCAAAAGAACAUUUAAUUGAAAGACUAAAAGAAAGGAAAAUCAUUCAGCUAGCUAGUCCCUAAGGCGAUUGCACUGCAGUGCAGUAGUUUCCUAUGUUGAUGGGAAACUAUCCAGUGAAGCUUUCAUUAUAUAAGGAUGUUUUUCUGGUUCUGGCCUGGCCCUUGUUCCUCUCCUCCAGAUCUGUCCCUUGUUCCUCUCCUCCUCCUCCGGAUCUGGCCCUUGUUCCUCUCCUCCUCCUCCGGAUCUGGCCCUUGUUCCUCUCCUCCGGAUCUGGCCCUUGUUCCUCUCCUCCGGAUCUGGCCCUUGUUCCUCUCCUCCGGAUCUGGCCCUUGUUCCUCUCCUCCGGAUCUGGCCCUUGUUCCUCUCCUCCGGAUCUGGCCCUUGUUCCUCUCCUCUGGAUCUGGCCCUUGUUCCUCUCCUCCGGGCCUAGCCUGGCCCUGGUUCCUCUCCUCCGGGUCUGGCCCUGGUUCCUCUCCUCCGGGCCUAGCCUGGCCCUUUUUCCUCUCCUCUGGGCCUGGCCUGGCCCUUUUUCCUCUCCUCCGGGCCUGGCCUGGCCCUGUUUCCUCUCCUCCAGGCCUGGCCUAGCACUGUAUCUAUCAAUGCAUUCCUCCCUCUUCUCUCUUUCUCUAACCCCCUCCCUCCUUACCUCUCUUAAUCAGUGUGUCACAUGUCCACAUUGUGUCUGAGCCCGUGCACAUGUACAGUAGGUGUCAUAUGGUCAACGUGUUUCUGUAAUAGUUGUUUUGUUUCAUCUCUGUCCUGUUUGUAUGUAUGUCUUGGAAACAGAAAGCAAUGAUGAAAGCAUCACUAAAUAGAAUAAUACUUUGUACUGAUCUUGAGAAAUGUAUGGUCAUAUUAAAGUAUAUAUUUCACAUGG